AUCGAGAAAUAUUUCGUUCCAUGCGGUAAGUGCCAUUUUCUUUCCCCGUUAAACAUCGUCGUGUUGAGGUGCGAAGUUACACAUUCUAAGGAAAUACUAAAAAUAUACGUUUUUUAGAUUAAAUAAUGGUUGAAUCAGUUGCAGAGAUGGCUGGAAAACGUAAGUCUCUUGCUAGUCCAAAUUCUCCAGGUAAACCCCAAAAGAAAGUUAAAACUGAGCCUGUAACACCUAAUAAAGCAAAGGAGCAAAAAAAUACACCUAAGAAAAAUACCCCAAAAGUAAAAGACAAUAAACAGCAAGCUAAGAAAAAGAAUGUGAAUUCAUCCUCUGUUUCUCCAAAUGCAAAUAAGAAUUCAGAAAAAAAAGCAGUGCCAGUUAAAAAGACAUUUAGCAAAAGAAAAUUUCGAGAUUUUGUUAAGGAUGCUGCAACUGGAGAAGUGCAGCCAGAAGAAGCACUUACUAAAAUACAAGAACAAAUUAAUAAAAUUCAAACAGCUGAUGACCUCUCAAAUACUGCAAAAAGGAAGUUGUCAAAAUUAUACAGCAUAGCUGAUAAAAUUCAAAAACAGUCAGGAAUUAAUAAAAUUGAUAUUUCCAAACAAAAGGCAUUAAAGCCUGUAGGUAAAAUAAUUCCUAAGGCAAAGAAUGAGAAACCAAAACAGUUGAAAACUAAACCUACAAAAAAAGAUGAUGCAGACAACAAAAAUAAAGAUUCUGGAGUAGAUCAAUCCGAAGAAGAAUGGGAAGAAAAUUCGGUAGAGGGCGGGGAUAAUUCUGAAGAUGGUGAAGAAGAGGAUGAAGAUUCUCAUGAAGGUGAAGAAGAUUCUGAGAUGGAUGAAGAAGAUUCUGUGGAAGGUGAAGUGGAUUCUGCAGAAGAGUCUGGAGAAGACGAAGAGGAAGAAGAUGAUGAUGAUGAUGAUGAAGAGGAUGAAGAUGAAGAUGAUGAUGGUGCUGAUGAUAACAAACAGGAGGAAAAAAAAGAACAAACUAUUAAUAUAAAAACAAAUGAGAAAAAGGAAGCAGAAGUACAAACAGACAAAAAAGAAGAAAUAUUAAAUGACUUUACCAUUUUUGUUGGUAAUAUACCUUUUGAGACUACAGAUGAUGAAGUAAAAGAGUAUUUUUCAAAAGCAGGAGGAAUAGUUUCAGUUGUUAUUCCCAGACAAAGAAAAGAAAACAAAUCAAGAGGUUUUGCAAUUAUAACAUUGAAGGAUAAAGAAAGUUACGAUAAAGCACUUUCAUUUCACUAUACCCAUUUAAAUGGCAGACAAAUAUAUGUGCGGCAUUAUCAUCAAAAACCGAAAAGCUCUUUAAAAGGAGGUCCCAACAGAAACUUUAAGCAAUUUGGAAAUCAAGGAAAUCAAAAAUUCAAUCCUAAUAACAGAGCACCUAAACAAGGAGGUGGUUUUAAUCCCCGAAACAAAAGGCCAAUGCAAGGUGGUGGUUUUAAGCCAAAAAACAAGUUUCAAAAUAAAAAGGACAACUAAAAUAAGUAAUAGCACUUAGAAUAAAUGUUUAUAUUUGUCAUUGUUCUAAUGAGCUUUUAAACAUAUGAUUUACACAUUCAGUGAAAAAUGUUUGUUGCAAGUUUGAAGUAUUUUUUUACUCCAAUUUAGUAUAGUUAAAGCAGUAUCGUUCUUCUUUAUAAUGGAAAGGAAAAUAAUUCCUUGUGUAUAAUUCCCAUCUUUCUAAUGAAAACAGUUAAAUAAAAAAUACGUUUUUUUUA